AUGGCUUCCGAUGACGUCCAAGUUAAACUUUGCAUCCAAGAAAUUGUCAAAUCAGAUCUUCAAAUCAAAGCUUUGGUUCAGGAUAUCAGAGAAUGUGAUGGACCUACCGAGUUACUUGAAGACCUAAACAGUGAUGCCAGGGAAAUAAUUCAAGCUGUAAAGAAUAGGAUUGAUGACCUUGACAACUUGGCAAGGGAACAAGAAAAGGAGACAGACAAAAUAGCUAUAUUGAAAACUGUGGAAAAUUACAGGAAACAGUUGUCAAGCACACAACAGUCAUUGCGGAAAGCUGUGAUAACCUCACAGAUGACAAUAGAUAGGAAAGAAAAAGAAAUACUGCUCAAUGGGGGAACAAGUGACUUAAAGAAAAGAAAAAAAUCCAGCAAAGAAGCCUUAGCUAAAACAUCUGGCAACAUAACAGAUAAUUUGUUGAAUAUCAGCCGAAUGAUGUCAGCUUCAGUCAAGCAAAGUGAACAGACCAUGGGAAAUUUAGUGUCUUCAUCAGGACAGAUUGCAGGAACACAUGAGGAGUUCAAAAACAUGUCAGGACACGUUCAAAACUCACGGAAACUCCUCACGAAAUACAACAGACGAGAAUUCACUGAUAAACUCUUGAUCUUUCUGGCUCUUGUCUUUUUCUUUGCCACAGUGCUAUACAUCACGAAACGACGUGUGUUUGGAGUAUCGGUUGAGAACACAGCUAGUGGUGUCAAUUCAUAAUGAUCGGGUGGUGAUGACUUUUGAGUUGUGACCAUGAGUUGAUUGUGUUUACUAUUAUUAUAACUGAUAUCAGAGCUGGAUGAUUAUGAUUAUGACUACAUGUAGUCAAAGAAGAAACCUGUAAUAUUAUUACAUGGUACAAAAUUAUGUAACUUUGCUUGGCUACGGUAUUAAUGUACACUGCCUUUGUUAAUUAGAAUAUAUUCUAUGAUAUAAAUGUUACAUGUAUUUAUAUGUAAAUAAAGACAUUAUGUUAUUUAAA